GCAUAGGUUUGAUUUACUUUUCUGUAUUUUUUAUUGCAAUUUUUUAUUAUAUUUUUGGGUAUUUUUUGUCAUUUAAUUUUGGAUUAUUUUUGUAGAGGAUUCGAUUUGCAUCGCAAAAGUUUCUGUAAAAAACAUCGUUUAAUAUUCUGCGAAUGUGUUCAAAUAUAAUGGGUAUUGUUUAUACUUAAAAAUUCUGGUUUAAAUUUCUCUAAACUUCUACAAAUUAAUCGAUUAUUUGAUACAGUUUCAUCAAUACCAAGUUGCUGGUAGAGCUCUUCCAACUGAGACAGAUGUCACACCAAAGAUCUACAGGAUGAAGCUUUGGGCUACCAAUGAAGUCUGUGCUAAGUCCAAAUUCAGGUCAAAGUUAAAGGAUGAUUCUGGGAGCUUGAGAAUUUGUUGCCUUGCUCAGCGCGGAAGCUUCAGCAGACACUUAUUGUGGAAUAGGCGGAGUAUUAUUAACCUUGAGUUCAAAAUUGGUAACGGUGUUUCGGCGACUCUCCCCUUGGCAAGGUUUUCGGUGAUGUUUCUGAGGAACAAUCAAUUGCGACUGUUAUUGAAGCUUUUAAUCAGGGUAUCAACUUAUUUGACACUUCUUCGUAAGUUCAUCAUCUUCCUCAAAUUUGAUGAUCCAUUUCUGUAUUUCUCCCCAAUUUUAUUAGUAUUUAGAUGUGUAUUUUCUGGAAUUUCUGGAAUUGUAAUAUGUUAUUUUAAUUGUUGUUGUACGAAAAUUGAAUUUUUUGUGACCCAUUUUGGGGUUAGAUCAGUAUUUGUCACACUGAAAUCUAUUAGAGUGAGUUGUCCCAGGUUGGAGACUACUAAUAGAGUGAUCGCAAAAUUACUCCUCCUAUAGCCAAUUAGUUAUGGGAUGAACAGGGCUACAAGCGUUCUGACUUGGAUUCUGGCCAUGCCUAUUUUACAAAGUUAACAUUAUAUACUGUAAAGAUGCCGCCUUUGUCAUUU